UUGAAGGUCGCUUGGACACAAGAGUUCAAAUGGACUCUGAUACAGCGGUAGCUAUCAACAGUAGUUAUUAACAGUGUCGAAUGCAGACGUGAAGGGGUCAUUUUCUUUAUAAAGCAGGACAAAAUUCCAGUUUUAUACCAUUUCUCUGUACCAGCUACCAGUGUGUACAAGUUCGCAUGACAGUAAGUGUGUUCGUUUUCUCCAAGCGGCAACUGUGCACCAUUUAUCCACCAUGGUUUCCAUCCUUCAAUGGCUAAUACUUUCGCUAUGCGUCCCAGAUAUUUUUGCUCAAACUCAGGGUUGGAAUCUUUUGUUUGGCACCACUGUUCCUGAGGAAGUUGUAAAAAAGCCAAUAACCUUUGAUAAUCCUGUACCAAAGUGGAUCAAAGGUUCAUUGAUACGUAAUGGGCCCGGGCGGUUUGAAAUGGGUCCACAUUCGUUUUUAAACGUCUUCGAUGGAUACGCAAAGCUAUAUUCGUGGCAAUUUCCUGGAAAUGGUUCUGUCUAUUUUUCUGCGAAGUUCGUUCAGAGUAUGUUUUACAACGAGUCUUUAAAAAUCAAGGACAUUGCAAGAUACCAGACUUUCGACGAUCUUGUCCCGCCAAUGUCACAACUCAAUAAAGAAGAAGCAUUUAUUCGCGGUUUAGACAACAUGAACGUCAACAUUUACAAUUAUACCGGUGAAUGUGUUCUUCUCACAGACGUAUGGAAAUUGUAUGUAGUGGACUGCCACACGUUAAAAACCAUUCGAUCAUGCGACCCCCCUAUUCCAGGGGACCACACGACCUUUCCCUAUAUAAGUGGAAUGUCUGUUGCGCACCCAGUGCCCGAGGUCGGCACAGAUUAUCACUUAACAAUUAGACAAAGUUUGGCUAUUUUACCAGGAAUGUCUGAUAAGUUUACCCUGGUUCGAGUCAAGUCUGCCGACAUUCAGGAGAAAGUUGCAGAGUGGGAAGUUAAAAAGAUGCCCUAUCAGCAUUCCAUCUUAUCCACAGAACGUUAUGCCCUUAUAUUUGCAACUCCUCUUUAUAUGGACACCAAAGCGCUUUUGCAAUCGUUCGUUGCAAGACAGAGUCUAAUUUUUAACAAAGAUGAAAAAACCACAGUUUACGUUGUUGAGAUAAAAACUGGACAAGUGCACACGAUUCAGACAGAAACGGUCUUUUCUAUGCAUUAUUUGAACGCAUAUGAAAUUGACAACAACACAAUUGUCAUGGAUGUGGCUUCGUAUCCCGACGGUUCCGUGGUCGCCUUCUUUGAAAUGGACAAUCUAAUGAACAAGACAAGGCGUGAUAGCGCGCCAUAUAAACCUUCCUUAAAGCGGUACAAGAUCGACAUUCUAGGGAAAAAAAUAAAGCCCAUGUCUUUUGGGGUAAAUCCAAAAGUUCCACACGUCAACAUGAUGGAUAUGCCGACCAUCAACGAACGUUACAGAUCGAAACCGUAUUGCUAUGCGUAUGGUGUGGUUUUUAAAAGUGACUUUAAAACGUUUGGUAAUUUCUCCAUCGUGAAAAAAGACGUUUGUAGUUCUUUCGGGGAUCUCUCUUGGAAUGUUGCCGAUCAGUACCCGAUGGAGAGCUGGUUUGUUCCGGAUCCGAACGGAUCGAGGGAAGACGACGGAGUUCUGUUGACCCCAAUGCUUGAUGGGAAACUUUGCAAAAGCUACUUAGUAAUCCUCGAUCCCAAAACGAUGAAGCCUAUAUCUAAGGCCCAGCUACCGAUCCUUGUCCCUUUUCAUUUUCACGGCCGAUUUAUCGAUAAUGUGUAUUAAAAGAUUUACUUUGGUUUUGCAGUUUAGUUUAGAAUAUACUUGUG